GUCAUCGUCACCACAUAUCACACUUACCACAUUCGCGAUCCCGUUGCAACAAUCCAAUCUCCCGCAGACAACUUAACACUAGAUUUUCCUACGCAUUCAUACACGCUGUCGCCCUCAACGCCUCCGGGCCCCGCCUCGCCGACUGCCCAAUGCCGGCUUCCUCGAGGCAACCCUUCCUCCACGAUGGCUACCAUCGAGCCACGGCUUAUGCACCUCUCAACCGUACUUAACACCCAGCAAGCCGAUAGCCCUUCACCUAUACAGCUCGGUCCUAUAACGGCCCCCGUGAACAGCAACUCGCUCUAUUUACCUACCCUGCCCCGCGAUGCUGGACAACAACCACAACAACAACAACAGCAGCAGCAGCAGCAGAGAACCGACAAGCAACUGCCGACUCUGCCACCGAUUCACACGCUCAGUAACGAGUCUAUGACCAAGCAGACGCCCAGGAUAGACCUGUUCGCAAGCGAUUCUGCCGCUCGCCACCCUCCUUCGAGUCAUUCACUCCAAUUGCUGCUUUCAUCAAACUCCCCAGAGACAAGCAGCACGCCCCUCUCUCUGCGCAGACCUGCAGGCGACCACCCCGAUGCUCUUCAGGAUGCCUACAACAAGAAGCGACAGCGGGCUCUCGCUGCCAAAGACGAUUAUGUCCAGCUGCCUCAGCCUCUCAAGAAGCAGAAAUCCACCCAAGAGGUGGUUCUUCAACAAGUAGUCACGGUCCCACCCAUCCUUAACGGCCUUCACGAACCGCCACCCAACCCCAACGCCAGCAGGUUUCCUCCAAUACUCUCCGGCGUUGUCGACCAUGAGCCACCGAGGAUAAGCGGCUACAUGCAUGAUCUCAGUCCUCCGACCCAUGUCCCUGCCUCGGCAACCACAACUCCACCCGCCGAGUGGUCCAUUACAUCCCCACCCCCAACAGACGGAGACAAGACCAGUGGCGGAGCCAAGGCGAAACGGAGGGCGGCGAAACCACGGAGAAAGUGGUCCGAUGAGGAAACCAACAAUCUCUUACUGGGUGUCAGUCGGCAUGGUGUUGGAAAAUGGACGACCAUUCUGGAGGAUCCCGACUACAAGUUCAACGACCGGACUGCCGGUGACCUCAAGGAUCGGUUUCGGACCUGCUGUCCCGAGGAGCUUCGUGGGGGUUCAGGCAAGAGAAGCCCUGCGGCCGACAAGUCUACGUCAGGCGAACCAAGUACGCACAUGAGCAGCAGGCACAAGAAUGGCUUGUCGCUGGACGCUCUCUUGAGCAACCCAGAGGCUGGACCGAGUGAUAAGGAUAGGGGUGACUCCGACUCGGCCCCUGCAAAGCAGAGAAAGAGUCGGGCACACCGGAAGAAGAUGGAAGAUCUUGUCGAACUGGGAAUUAGGGGUCCAUUCAAAAAGUCGCACCGUCGUGAGCGGCGUCCAUUUACGGACUUGGACGACAAGGAAAUUCUGGCGGGGCUCAAGAAACACGGGCCGGCUUGGACCAAGAUCCAACGCGAUCCAGAGUAUCAUCUUCAGAGCCGCCAACCCACGGAUUUGCGCGACCGGGUUCGCAACAAGUAUCCGCAAAUUUACGCAAGCAUUGAGAAGACCAAUCCCCGGGAUAAGGACCAUCAAGCGCGCGGGAGUGCGGAGGCGUCUACAUCCAGCAUCAGUCUGCUGGAGCCUUCCAUUCACCCUACGAUAUCCAAAACUCUCGAGCCGACCAUAGCACGAUCGAUAGAAUCGCAAGUAUCGCGACAGAGCUCGAGGGAGGAGUUGCCAAAGUGGCUCCCGAAUACGACAUGCGAACCGACAGAGACGCUACCCGGUCUGGCUUCUGUCUUUGCUGACUUGCCCGACGGUCCUCUGUCGUCGUCAUAUUUCGGAGGACCUCCCGACAUGGAUAUAUCCCGACUCCUGCUAAACGAUGCCCAAGAUCCUUCCUCAGCCUCGGAGCGCCUGAGAUAUGGACAGGGAGGUAUGGGGGGAGGAGCGCCAGUUAUUUCAGGAGGUCAGGAUGGUUUAUCGGGCGGAUCCGCCCAUCGGAGGGCUCUCUGAAGCGCGAGGUAACAGGUAGGCAUGCAGAGAGCUUGCUACAACAUUGCAAUUUCUUGCCGCCAGCGCGAGAGAUCUUUUGUCGUCUCUAACACACGGGAAUUAUCGCACGGUAAACGGCCGGCGCAUUGUU